AUGGCAUCCCUGUCACGAAUCGCCGAACUGCUUCUCACGCCAUCCAUUCCCGUCUUCCUCAUCGGUCUUGUCGUCAUACUCGGCGCGCCCAUCCUCCUCCACCUUGCCCUCUCCUCAUCCUCCACGUACACCGUCCCUCCGACCAUUGUCCUCAUCGGGCCUGACAACUCUGGCAAAACCUCGCUUCUCACCCUCCUCGAGCGCGGCACCAAACCCGCCGAAACACACACCACGCAAGCCCCUCAAUCUGUCGAGUUGAACGCCUCCACCGACGCCCAUCUCAAGACAUCCUUCAGGAAUCAUCGAGACUCCACAGGCACCUACACCAAGUUCCUCCUCGUCGAUACACCCGGCCACGGAAAACUUCGCAAUAUGGCCAUGGGCCAGCUCAGCCGGUCCGAGAGGCUAAAAGGUGUCGUGUUCAUGGCGGAUGCCGCUGCGCUGGGAGAGCAGGAGACGCUCGUGUCGACGGCAGCCUACCUGUACGAUGUGCUACUGCUCCUGCAGAAGAAGGCUACUGAAAAGGGCAAGACCAAGGCGGUGGCCCCUGUGUUGGUUGCAGCAAACAAGAUGGAUCUGUUUACGGCACUGCCUGCCAGUCGGGUCAAGGCUCAGCUGGAAAACGAACUGAGCCGUAUUCGCCGGUCAAGAAGCAAGGGUCUCUUGGAUUCCGGCGUUGGCGUGGAUGAGAUUGGUUCGGAGGAGAAGGACACAUGGCUGGGAGAAUAUGGAUCUGAAAAGUUUGCGUUCCAGCAGAUGAUGGAAUUUGAUAUUGAUGUGCAAGUUAUCGGCGGGAGUGUCACGGCGCAUGAAGCUGAUGUAGAUGAGUGGUGGUGGUGGAUGGCCCAACGGACAUAA